AUGACUUCGUUGGUGGAAUCAGAAGCCCAUUUCGUGCAGCGUGCAGCUGAGGUGCGGCUGUCAGACGCCUCAGUGCAGGCGUUGCGGCGCCACGGGUUCAAGACCUUGGGGCAGCUCGCUUACACAGUGGGCCAACCAGGCCAGUUGAUACCGGAGGCUGAGUUCACCGAUUGGUGCCGCAAUCAUGUGCCAGCAGCAUCAGCCGCUGAUCUUGCAUCGUUGAAGCGGUUAUUGUUUGAGGCACAAACAUUAGCACUCACGCAGCUCCGAGCUCAGGUGACCGAACCUGAUUCUGCUAGUAAGCGGGUUCCAGAGGCUGAGCGUGAGCGCCGGCUUCAGCAGUUGCGGGAUGAGCUGAGUGGCCUCAACAUUGAAGGGUUUCAGGCCCGUGAACCCCUGGUGUACCGCCUCAGUGGCACAUGGGCAGCUUCUCUCGUGAUGGCAGAGAAGAGGACGUUUGAUGCUGCAUUCGAAGGGCAUCUUGCUCAUGUUGUGCAUCAGAAUUCUACGAGCAACUCAAAGCAGCCAUGGGAGAGAAGCAUUGUGAAUGUGCCGAGUGUAUUGCCGAAAGCUUUCUUGGGAAGGGGGCGUCUUGGGAAUGUGCUUACUCAUAAGGCUGCUGCUCCUGUGAAAGCUCCGAGUGGCCCGUCGGCUAUAAAUCUGACUGCUACUGGAGGCAAGCUGCCACGGAAGGUUGGACCUUCCUGGAUUCAGAGACAAUCGGAUAACAGACAUGCGGCUGUCAUGAAGUGGCUUCGGAUUGCUAAAGAGGGUGGCGACUUCUUUGGGGUCUGUGCUAGAGUGGCGGAAGAUGCUGAAGCUGGAUUGCCAGCCUCACUGCAGGAGUCUCUAGGAGAUGUUUUCUCACUCAAGGCGAGCAGUACGCUUCACAGCAGGGCUGGCCCGGUCCUGAGAUACAUGGCAUUCUGCUGGCGCAUCAGAGAGCAGCCUUUCCCUUUGUCCGAGCAGAAGAUGUAUCGCUUCGUCAAGGAAUACUGCAGUGGGGCUGCGCCUACCUUUGCCUCCAGCUUUAUGAGUUCCAUUGGCUUCAUGCAAUAUGUCUUGGAGGCGAAGGUCCCGGCCGAUUGUGUUAGCAGCCGGCUGGCUGGCGCAGUUUCGAAGCUCUACUUGGAGAAGAGAAAGCUGCAACAGAAGCCGCCGCUGACGGCUUCACAGAUUCGGGCUUUGGAGCGAAUUGUGCUGGGACUUAUACCUGAAGUCCGUGCGGAUGUCGAUAAAUACGCGGCAGGGUGCUUUUUGUAUUGUGUGUUUGCAAGAGCCCGCUAUUCGGACAUGCAGUGUUCUGGUGAGCUGGCGAAAGACAUCGUGCAAGGUGAGCGCGGACCGCGUGGGUACCUUGAAGCGAGGGUCACCAGGAGUAAAACGAGUCACAACUUGGAGCGUAAGACCCGAUAUCUUGCUAUGGUCAGUCCGAUAUGGGGCCUUGAGCAGGAUUCUUGGGCGUUGGCUUGGUUGGAGGUGGCUGGCAGGGCGGGGCCCGCAUGGGGGCCUGACAUGCCCCUGCUACCGUCCCCCACCGACGGUGGCCAAUGGCAGAAGGCGCCUAUGUCUGCGCAGGCUGGAGCGCGGUGGCUUCGCCACCUUCUCUAUCGUGCAGGCGAGGAUGUCGCAUCGGUCAAGGCCGUGGGCACUCACUCCUGCAAAGCUACGCUUUUAUCUUGGAUGUCCAAGUGGGGAGCUAGUAAGGAGAUCAGGUCGAUACUCGGAUAUCAUUCUAGUGCCAACGCCGGCACGGAUGUGAUCUACGCGAGGGACAGCGUUUCCCCUGCAUUGCGUGAGCUGGAGGAAAUGGUUUCUGCGGUCGCUUACAGGCGCUUCUUCCCGGACGCCACGCGCUCGGGCAUGUUUGCGGAGUCUUUGGCUGCCAGGGGAGAUGCUCAUGACAAGGCCGAGGUCGGUUCAGAUUCUUCUUCCGACAGGAGCGAUGACGAGGAGGAGCCGGACACUCUCGAGGAGGAGAAGGUGGUUGAGGACAGUGUCGGCGAUUUUGAGCCGAGCGGUUGCCUUCGAGAAAGCCUGGAGGGCAAGGCGGUUUUUCGGCAUGUCACCACCCGCUUCAUACACUUAGUCGCUUCUGAGGAGGGCACAACUUUUAAGUGUGGCAGGCAGAUCACAUCGUCUUACUUGGAGUGCAGUGCGAUACCCAGGUUUUUGCAUCCGAUCUGCCGGCAGUGCUUUCCAGAGGCGAGGUGA